AUGCGGGCACCGAGCGCGGUUGUCAUCGCCACCAUGAGCAUUCUCUACGAGCAUGCUGCCGCGUACAACUCCUUGUUCAUCGGGCACAGCUUCUUCCGUCCAAUCGCGGAGAAGAUGCCAGCGCUAGCCUCGGCUGCCGGACUGAACCACAGUCAAGCCAUCGUGUUUAGCGGCGGCGCAUCAGGUGCGCCAUUGGCUCUCUGGAACUCGGACUCCAUGCGGGAUGAGAUUCAGUCUAUCCUUGACUGGGGCAACAUUACGCUCUUCGGCAUGACAUUCGACCACACGGCUGAGGGUUGCGAGCUCUGGAUCAACUACGCGCUUUCAAAGAACCCGAAUCUCAACACGUUCAUGAUCGGCCUCCCAUGGCUAGAUUAUCCGACCGAGUACGACACCGACAGCUACACAUCCGUGGUGCGUAACGCGGCGCAAACCAACUGGACGGACUUCUUGGAGGAGCUCCGCGGCAAGUACCCGAAUGUCACGAUCAUCGACAACCCCUACGGGCUGUCGGUUGUCGAGCUCCGUAUCUUGCAGAGCGCAGGCAGCGUUCCCGACGUGACCGCCAUGACCGGCCUCGCCGCAACCUCUCUUUUCACAGACUACAAGGGACACGGAGGCGACAUCCUCAAGGACACAGCCUCGUUGGUUUGGCUGGAUCGCAUCUACCACGUGGGAUGUGGCGACCCUGCCAUCGCCGCCCUGUUCACCGGGUACAUGACCGACGUCUGCUCGGUCGCGGCGUCUCUUUUGGGCGCCUACGAUGCCGGGAUGGUCGAUGCGUGCCGACAGCUCAACUCUUAUGAGCUGCGAGAUUCGCUGGAGCUCACGGCUGGCUCGCCACCCGCAGCGCCGUGGUCAGCACCUCCGCUGCUUUCGCCAAGCCCUCCUCCCUUCUUCGCCGACGCCGGUAACGGCGCCAUGCUUGGCAUCAUCAUCGGCGGUACGAUCGCUGCCCUGCUUCUUGGCGGCGCAGCCGUCUAUUUCCUCGUUAGGCUAUUUGUUUAA